AUGAAACCGCCAGAAAUUCCAUUAAUUGGUCGAAUCAUUAUCGCUAUUAUUGUUAGUGUAUUAGUAUUCAUUUCUACAUUAGGUAAUAGUCUUGUAUUAUGUGUAUUAAAUAGAAAAUAUUCACCAUCGCAACAAUCUCAUAGAAAGACUCAAUCAAUAAUACAAAAUUGUAAUAAAUGUAAUACAUUAACAUCAUCAAUAAUGGAUAUGAAAUUGAUAAAACAUUCAGUUACUUAUAUAUUUUUAAUGAAUCUUAGUAUAUCAGAUUUAUUACAUAUAAUUAUAUGUGCACCAUUGACAUUAAUUGCAGACUUUUUAUUGAUUUAUUGGCCAUUUGGUCAGUUUCUAUGUCGUCUCAUUAAUUAUUUACAAAGUGUUGUAGUAUUUCUAUGCGCUUUUACUCAUAUUAUAAUCUCUAUUGAUAGAUUCACUGCUAUACGUUAUCCUAUAUGGCGUAAACAUAAACUAUCUAUUACGAAUGCAAAAUUAAUAUUAUUAUUUAUAUGGUGUUUUGCUAUGAUUAUCUCAAUACCUAGUUUUAUUGUAUGUCAACUUAUUAUUACUGAAGAUGGUUUAACUUAUUGUCAAGAGAUAUGGUCAAAAUAUGAUUGGAAUCAAUCGAAUUCUAAUGAUAUAUUGUUAUUCAAUCAUAAUCCAUUGAAUGAUUCUAAUGAUAUUUCAUUAGAAUUAAUUUAUAAUUGGUUAAUUAUAUUAUUACAAUAUAUUUUACCAUUAUUAGUAAUUAUUAUUACAUAUUCAGCUAUUGUAUAUCAGUUAUGGAUAUCAACUAUACCAAGUGAAUGCAAUAUUUAUCAAACGGAACGAAGUCGAAUAAGUAAAAAGCUUAUCAUAAUGGUAAUUAUCGUAGCUUCUCUAUAUGCCGUUUCCCAGUUACCAAGACAUAUAAUUUAUCUGAUUACAAUCAAUAAACCUGAUGCAUUUGAAAAAGAUACAAUUAUCUAUGGUUGGUUAUUAUGUCAAUUAAGUGCAUGGUCAGCUACAUGUUAUAAUCCAAUAGUUUAUUUAUGGAUGAGUCGAACAUUUCGACGUGGACUAUCUGAAAUAUUCAUCAAUCUAUGUCCUUGUUUAAAUAUGCACAGCACUACACAACCUACAUUCAAACACUGUGACAAACAUUAUUCUACACAAAGUAGUCUAUAUAACAGUAAACAUAAUCAUCAUCAUUGUAGUCAGCACCUUCAAUUUCAUAAUGAACGUAGAUAUUUUCCUUAUUCUAAAGCAGCUACUUAUAAUUAUAACAGUAGUAAUAAUAAUAUCAUGAAAAAUACUAGUCAAAUGGAAAAUGUGAAGAAGCAUAUUGUGGACGAAGAGUAUUCAUCUACCACUACUCAAUAUUUAAACAUGAAAAUCUUGGAUAAUACAACAGUUAUCAAGACGAAUAAUAACAUAGAUAAUCACCUCAAGUGAUAAAGAAGACAAUGAAUUCAGUGGUGUUAUAUCCCGAUGAGAAUAAUGAAUGGUAACUGUUGGUAACUGUUUCUGGACUAAUAAUAUACAUAGAUUUUUACUGUAUAAUUGCUAAGGGACUAAAGUAUGCCUAUUCGUGUUUAUCUUGUUAUAAGCUUUAGUUUGACCUAUGAACUAUUAUUAAGAUUUACCGUUCCUGAAUUAUGACCAGUCUAAUAAUUACAGUCUCCCACAUUCACAGCUACUUUGGGAUAAAACUUGUAUAAAUGUUAUUU